AUGGCAGGCCGGCCGGCAGCGGGCCCGGCGGCCGGAGACUGGGAGAUCGACGUGGAGAGCCUGGAGCUGGAGGAGGACGGCCGCGGGCCGCCGCCGCCUACGCCGCCCGGGCCCAGCCCGCCGUCGGCCGACGGGGACGGCGAAGACGAGGAGGACGAGGACGACGACGACGACGCGGAGGACGAGGGCGACGGCCUGGACGCGGGCGCGUCCCCCGGGGCGCCGGGCCGGCCGGGGCAGCAGCGGGGACCACCGCCGGGGCCAACCCCCGCGCCGCGGGCCUCGCCGCCGCAGGCCGGGCCGCCGGAGCGCGGCGCGAACGCGGGCGGCGGCGCGGAGCCGCGCAAGCUCAGCCGCACCCCGAAGUGCGCGCGCUGCCGCAACCACGGCGUGGUGUCCUGCCUCAAGGGCCACAAGCGCUUCUGCCGCUGGCGCGACUGCCAGUGCGCCAACUGCCUGCUGGUGGUGGAGCGCCAGCGCGUCAUGGCCGCCCAGGUGGCGCUCCGGAGGCAGCAGGCCACCGAGGACAAGAAGGGGCUUUCUGGGAAGCAGAAUAAUUUCGAGCGCAAAGCUGUGUAUCAGAGGCAAGUCAGGGCACCCAGUUUGCUGGCCAAAAGCAUUUUAGAAGGCUACCGCCCCAUUCCAGCCGAGACUUACGUGGGAGGGAGCUUACCCCUACCUCCCCCAGUAAGUGACCGGAUGCGGAAAAGGCGGGCCUUUGCUGAUAAAGAGUUGGAGAACAUUAUGCUGGAGAGAGAAUAUAAAGAGAGGGAGAUGUUGGAAGCAUCCCAAGCUGCUGCCUUGUUCCUGCCCAACCGCAUGGUGCACGGACCUGAAUAUAACUCCUACAAAAGCGCCUAUAGCCCCACCCCAGUGGAACCGCCAAACAAAGACUUCUGCAAUUUUCUGCCCACCUGCCUUGAUCUAACCAUGCAGUAUUCAGGGUCUGGGAAUAUGGAACUCAUUUCUUCCAAUGUCAGUGUGGCCACGACUUACAGACAGUAUCCCUUGUCCUCGAGAUUUUUAGUUUGGCCCAAGUGUGGCCCCAUCAGUGACACUCUUCUCUAUCAGCAGUGCCUGCUAAACACCACCACUUCGGUUCAAGCCCUGAAGCCUGGGGCCAGCUGGGACUUGAAGGGGGUGCAAGUCCAGGAUGGACUUGUGGCAGAACAUGACGUGAUGCCCCCCAAACUAGAAGGCUCGCUGCUUCUGCCUCACGCUCCGGAGGUCCCGACCGCAAGAGGUGACCUUCAGGGUCACCAGGCUGUCCCCGAGAGGUCUGCAUUCUCCCCACCCAGACGGAAUUUCUCUCCCAUUGUUGACUCGGACUCCCUGGCAGCUCAAGGGCACAUCUUAACCAAGAUCAGCAAAGAAAGCACCAGGCACCCUCUGCCACUUAAACAUAAUCCAUUCCACUCAUUAUUCCAGCAAACUCUGAAUGACAAAUCAGGUCCUGGGUUGAAAACACCAUUUGUCAAAGAGGCCUUUGAAGAGGGCCCUAAGAAACACAGAGAGUGUUUAGUCAAGGAGAACCAGAAGUACACAUUUACAAUAGACAGAUAUGCCAAAGACCUUUUCGUAGCCAAACAAGUUGGAACAAAACUCUCUGUGAAUGAACCGCUGUCAUUUUCUGUUGAGUCUAUUCUUAAGAGGCCUUCAUCUGCCAUCACUCACAUCUCUCAGUGAAAGGCUGCUUACACAGAAAGCUGGAUUUUCUGC